AUGCUUGUGGCAACGAAAUUCCUCACUGUCUUCGCCUCAUAUUGGUUGGUAGCUGUCCUGCUCCCUGAGCCCGAGAGACGACGACUCCCGCUCGGGGCGCGGGGCUGGACUCGCCCCGGUGAGCGAGCCGCUGGCCAGAAGGCGCAGCCAGGAGGGCACGGGGAGGGCGGCCCUCCCGGCGCUGGGGGGGCGCAGCCGCGGCGCGGGGCGGGAGGAGCAGCGGCUCCUCCCCGCAGAGCCGGAGCCGGGCGGGCGCGGCCCAUGGCGGCGCGGCGGGCGGGCCCCGGCGCGGUGAGGGGGCGGUGGGGCCGGAGCGGGCGGGGGGUGCCAAGGGCUCUGUGGGGCUGCAGCACGGAGGGCUCGGCUGCGGGCUUGGAGGGCGGCGGGAGCCUGGCCCGCCUGAGCGCUGUUGCUGAAGGGAUGUGGCGGGCGCUCCGCGGCGGCGGCUGCUCCGGGGAGGCGGAGCUGAAGCGCGACACGGGGGCGGAGCUGAAGCGCGACGCGGGAGCGGAGCGCCCUGAUGAAAUUCCACUCAGUCGUCCCAAAAAAAGGAAAUCCAAAGGAAAGACUCCAUUAGAUGGCAUUGUGCAAGCAGCUGUUCGUCGGCAGUCUGAAAGCAGCGAGCCCCUGACUCCCGAACCCCCCGAUGCCCCACCUCAGAGGAAACGCAAGAAGAAGAAAGUACCUACUGAUUCUGAGACUUCUUUUACCCAGCAAAAUGUGGCAUCCCUAUUUCAGAAUGGAAAUGGUGUAGAUGUCCCUGAAGCUGAAGGAACGGUGAUCCGCAAACAGAGGAAGAGAACAAAGAAACCUCGGCCAGCCGAAGUGAGCUCCAAUGAGCUGGAAGUGGAGGAGGAAGACAUCAUUGAAGACGAGCACAGAAAGAGCCCUGAUCAGCAGCCGGUGUUUGCUGCUCCCACUGGAAUUAGCCAGCCUGUUAGCAAAGUGUUUGUUGAAAAAAAUCGGCGUUUCCAGGCAGCUGACCGCGCAGAAUUGAUUAAAACCACUGAAAAUAUCAAUGUACUUCUGGAUGUGAAGGCCUCAUGGACUACUAGAGAUGUUGCCCUCUCAGUGCACCGAAGUUUCAGGGUGUUGGGCCUCUUCACCCAUGGCUUCCUGGCUGGUUAUGCUGUAUGGAACAUCGUGGUUAUCUACAUUUUGGCAGGAAAUGAGCUUUCCAUGGUUUCUAACCUGCUUCAGCAGUAUAAGACAAUAGCAUACCCAGCUCAAAGUUUGUUCUAUUUUUUGCUGUCUAUCAGUACAGUCUCAGCCUUUGACAGGACUGAUCUGGCAAAAGCAUCAGUUGCACUGAGGGGCUUUCUUACCCUAGACCCAGCAGCACUAGCUUCUUUCUUGUACUUUGCUGCUCUUAUCUUAUCCUUAAGCCAGCAGAUGACAUGUGACAGAAUCAACCUCUACACACCACCUUCAGAAAAUGGCAGUAUCUGGACUGCAGGUACAGAGGCAGAAAUUGUUCAUUCCUGGGUUGUGGUGAAUCUCGUAGUGUCUAUUCUGGUUGGGACAAGUUGGAUCUUCUUAAGUUCCCGACCAGAGCUAGACCACAGUGAAGAAUGGAUGUUUCAUUCUGAAAUUGAGGAAUUUCCUCACCGAGAUAUCAUACCCAGAGUCCAGCCAUAAUGUGGAACAAGGGUCUGCAUAUAUUGUAGCUGUGACUGAUGGCUCAGCAUGUUGUGUAUUAUAGCUAUGUAUUAUAAUUUUCAUAAAGAAAACAAUGUAUUUUUAUAUUGUAUAUAUUUAAUGUUGAUCUUUUUAUGUAUGUUACAGUUUCCAAAUAUGAUUGAAAACUUUUAUACUUCUGCUUUUUAUUUUACAAAGUAGGUUAUUCCUAAUGCAUAAAGUCAAGGUGAUUUUGUAAAUACUGCUACCUACAUAGCCAAAGACCCUAGAAGGAUGCAGAAGAUCAGGUGUUCUGUGCUUUUUUGACUGCUGUACAGUCUUCAGCAACCUGCUUUUGUUACUAAUGUUACUAACUAACAGCAGUUAGCUUAUCUGAUUUGGUUAUGUAUUUUCUAGAGAUUAAAAAAAAAUCUUUCAACAAAAGUAGUCUAAGGAAAAUUUAUAACAAAACAGAGUUAGGAAACAAACCCCACCAAGUUAGUAAUCCUAAAAUAAUCUAAAUUUAUUUGUAUAAAAUAUUUUUCUAGAAUACAAGAUUAAACUGACAGGGAUUUUGUUUAAUAAUCCAUAAAAGAGAUCACUUUUUAAACCUUCAUUUAGUUCUCUUGACAAAAAUCUUUAUGAUAACUUCUUACAGGCUGUAAAAAGGAUGUAGUUACAGGACAAAGGAGUUUUAAUGUUGCAGCAUUUUGUCAGUUAAAUACAUCUGCUCAUCAAACAGGGUGUUUUUGUGCUGCCAGCAGGAUGUAUCCGUGUCCUGUAAUUUCUCAGUCAGGAAGUGUAACUAUUCCAAAGCCCCUCACAAGAAUAGUGUUCUGAUUUCUCCUUAUCUGGUAUGGCAAGAGCAAUCACUUUAUUCACUGCUCUUUCUAAACAAACUUGGAUUUCAUAGAUGUUAAAAAUGUUCCUACUCCCACCUGUUUUGAUGGAGAUUGUUUUCCACCAAAUUGUUUUGUGUUAGGAUAGAAUGGGAAACUUUUUCCUAAAAUUACAAGAAAAAAGCUUAUUAAAUAACCCUAAAAGUCAGCAGCAACCCAUCCUCUAUGCAUACUACAUAGUAGUAAUUGUGGCAGGUGAUGGGUUUUGCUAAUGAGAAGCAACAUUCUUUUUCUUUUAUACUAAAGUGGCAAAAUGAAAGCAUUGCAGAUGUGAAUAAACACAGAUGCAUUGCAGAAUGAAACAGUCUCUUUAGUAGACACAGACAAGGUCUGGUUUGAAAACCAUUUAUCAAGAAAAUAUCACUUAAAGCCCCAAAUUUGUAUGUGUUACUUAGCAUAUAUUGAUUUUGCCUUGAUUUAAUACAUGUGUCUGUGGGUGGUUGUAAAAUGGGUGCACUUGUCAAAGCUCACUGAAGAAUUACUGAACUUUUUUAGUAGUGAAGCUAGGAGUAGCCAGAUAAGACCUGAAAGGAAAUAUCCAAGAGCUUUCAAUGCUUUCUGUGCUAACUUUGUGCUGUUACCUGAGCUGCUUCAAAACAAACAUGGGAACGUGAAUAACUAGGGCUGUUGCUGCCCUGUUGAGGACAGCAACAUUCAGCAAAUUUAAGUUAUUCAAAAAUUUAGUGUUCAUGACAUCUUUUAAAUACUGUGGUAAUCUUGGCAGGACGGAAAAAGACAUCUACAAGAAUUAAAAGAUGUUCCACAGCUGUUGGCUGCAUUCUGAGACAUUCAGUUAGCUGUGGGAAGGAGCCCUUAGCCUCUUUUGCAAAUUGUCGUGGCUCUUGUGUCUGUAUUUUUGUAAGACUAGAGCUAAGUUGCAGCUGGCACUGCCUUGUACAUUAAAAUGGAGAGAUCCAGGGUGCUGCUCUCCUUCAGCUAUGCACAGGAUGUUCUUGCCAUGAUUUGGCUGUAGGAGAUGAGGGAUGAGACAGUAAGUGUUGCCAUAAAGUUUGCCAGCACACUUUUCUCCUGAUGUGUGUUUGUUGCAGAGUCACUGACCUCCUGAAGAUGAGAUUAUUAAUGGCAUGGUUGCAUGAUUUUUCUUUCAUCUUGGUAUGGUCAGAAGUAUAAUUUUGCCCAUAAAAUACAGAGCUCAGCAGAAGUGUACUAAGGCAUCAGUACAGGAAAAACCUGGAUAACAUCAUUGCUUGAUUUCUGAUAUUAACACUAGGAAUUGGCCUUCCAACUAUCCCUUAGACAGAGUGAUGCCAGCCAAGAGCCAGAUUCAUUCUUAUUGUGAAAUACAGUAGUUUUUAUAUGGUUGAGCAGGGAUUGAAUUAAUGAACUUAAUGUAUUUCAAGCCAAGCUUGCCUUUCCAGUGUAUAUUUGUAGGAAGGUCUGAGUAUAUCCAUAUUUAAAUUAAUGAGUUUUGAAGUUGCCAUAUAAAAAGUACAAUAAACAGUUUGAUGGUUAAUUAUCUAUUUUACAAAAUACUUUUCAUUCCAUUAAGCCUCACAGUGGAAUAUGAGUUUAAGUAAGCUUUUUUUUUUAGUUUCUUGGAAAGUCUUAGAACAAGUUUACAAAAUAGAUGUUUAAUUCUAGAACAUGCAAUAUUUGUAGAAGCCUUAACUGAAAUGUCUUUGUGCAUUUCCAUAUCAUUGUUUUUAAUGCAUUUGCGAUAAUGAAAAACGUUUUCAGAUAUGUUGGUGCCAAGUUCUUGUUUUUACAUAUAUGAAACAAUUAAACAAUUGCUGUAAACUAGUUAGAAA